AAGUUGUGUUUGCAUUAGCAGUAACUGAACACAGUUCUGCUCUGGUGUAAAGAAAGUGAUCAAUAAACAGUGAGGCUGUAAUCAAUUAAAUAAGAGUGUGCUUCAUUACAUGCAGGCAUCAAUUUCCUGUGAUCUGCUCUUGCUUGAGGAUGGCAGACUGCCACUGCCAAUAAACACUAGUUUAUGGGAAGAUCUAAUUACAUUAAAAAGCUAUUGCGGAAAAAAAACAGACCAUAAAUAGCAUAAAAAGUUUGAUUUCGUGAUAAUCUCAAGGAUUUUGCCUUUAACUGGCGUGAAAAGGUUUAGCCAGCUUUUGUUUGUCCGUCUUUGAUGUUACAUGUACAUUUCUGAGCUGCAGUAGUAACCUCAGGUGUUUUUCAAGUACAGUUUUUAACAGAAGAUAUGAGACAGUGCACAGUAUUUGAUCAGUUUGCCUUUAUCGCUGCUGGUACUUUUGAGUUCUCCAGUGUCAGAACCCUAGAAAUGAUAAUGACUGUAGUUCUGUCAGGUUAUCUAAAAAUAAAAGUUUUAUCAGUAAUUCUGAUAACAAUUUCCUCCCUUACAUAUAACAGUCUGAUCCCUGUAGUAUAAUCCAUUAUGUCCCAACCCUGAUAGUGAGUGUCUCACUUCUGACAGCUCUGCCUGCGCUCUUGCUGACUGGAGAAUUUAAACCUCGAAACACCUGAAGCCUCUGAAAAGAGAGUAACAGUAUGAGCUGUAACUUCUUUAAUGUAAGACCAAACAACAAGCAAAGUAAUCUAAUCAGUGAAAAAAAUGAUAAAAUGGAUGAAUACAAGCAUUGCUCACGGCACUUCCUGAAAAUGUGUCACCAUGGUGUUAGAAUUUCUCUUUUUGCUAUGUAAAGUCACAUUGAGACAUUUGCCUUGGGAGGGUUUCCUCCCCUCACUUUCAGUGGAGUUACAUCCUUUGUGUAUCUGCACCAAACCCAAACCAACAACAGGAUGCCAGUGCACUUCCUAAGGUAGGUUUUUGGCUUCCGCCCUCCCAUUUUCCUGCAGUGAGACUGGGUUUGCUUUACAAGGUAGAGGCUCACUAACUGCAGGGCAGAAUGAGAGGCAGGAUGUGACAUUGUGGUAAGGUGCAUUAGAUGUGAUAAAGCCCUCUUUGGAUGUUGAGAUGUUGGGAGUGUCUUGGCCAUGGAGGUACUGAAGGAGCGAGGAAGCAACACGGCUCGGUGGCGGUGAAGAUGACCACGGCACGGUACCGUCCCACCUGGGAGCUGGCCGUGGACCCCCUGGUCUCAUGUAAGCUGUGCCUUGGAGAGUUCCCUCUGGAGCAGAUGACCACCAUCACACAGUGCCAAUGUGUCUUCUGUACACUGUGCCUGAAGCAGUAUGUGGAACUCCUGAUUAAAGAAGGCCUUGAAACUGCAAUUAGCUGUCCAGACUCUGCCUGUCCCAAAAGAGGACAUUUGCAGGAAAGUGAGAUUGAGUGCAUGGUGGCCACAGAGAUGAUGCAGAGAUACAAGAAGCUUCAGUUUGAAAGGGAGGUGCUGCUGGACCCAUGCCGGACAUGGUGCCCUUCCUCAACCUGUCAGGCCGUGUGCCAGCUACAGGAAGCAGAUUCUCCAGCGCUGCCCCAGCUGGUCCAGUGCGCUGUCUGUGCCCUCGAAUUCUGCUCCGCCUGCAAGGCCAACUGGCACCCCGGGCAGGCCUGCCAGGAGAACAACCUGCCCAUUACCUCCUUCCUACCAGGAGAGAACAGCUCUUUCUAUAAGAACGAAGAGGAUGACGCACCAAUCAAGCGCUGUCCUAAAUGCAAAGUUUACAUCGAGAGGGACGAAGGCUGUGCACAGAUGAUGUGCAAGAACUGCAAACACGCCUUCUGCUGGUACUGCCUGGAGUCCCUGGAUGAUGACUUUCUCCUGAUCCACUAUGACAAAGGGCCCUGUCGAAACAAACUGGGCCACUCCAGGGCGUCUGUUAUCUGGCACAGAACACAGGUUGUGGGGAUCUUUGCUGGGUUUGGCCUGCUCCUGCUCGUUGCCUCCCCCUUCCUCCUUCUGGCCACUCCCAUCGUCCUCUGCUGCAAGUGCAAGUGCAGCAAAGGUGACGACGACCCGUUGCCAACCUAACGACGCCAUCAGAGCUGGAGCAGAGAGCCGCUUCAAGGAUGGGCCAUCUUUUUUUCCUUUUCACCCCUUUACGUUCUCUUCCUCCCACCAGCUUUGAGCGCUUCAUAUUUUUUGGGAUCGCGGCCGCUUUGGGAUCCAUCGCUCUGCAUGAGAGAGGCAUGGUAGAAAAGCGACCCUACACCUUCAUCUGAAGAGAGGUGCAGGGUCAGAGGAGGUCAGAACUGUCUUAGGACCACCGUGUCCGUGAGUGUGAGACGUUGCUGAUUUGGGGACAUGGAGGAAGUCUGGGCCACUUGAUGUGGUCGUCGGUCAUGGGUUACUGUGGUGUGGUAUUUUGGCGAGUCAUUACAAACAAAAAUGCUUUUCUCUUGUAUGGACAAUAUGAUGCAGGAGCCACCUUAGAAAGAACUUUUACUUUAUCGCUCUGUUUUGUCGGUUUGUCGUACGCAACAAAAGCUUUCCCCCACCCCCCGCGCCACCACACUCGAUGUAGCCCUACAGAUUCAGUCCGUAGCAUUAGAGUUACACCACGCAUGUUUGGUGUUCACUCGAUUUGCACACAGAACAUGAUUUCUAUGUCGUGUUUCCGACUGAGGUAGAGAAGGGAGGGUGUUGUCGCUCUCGACUCAAUGUACAGCACGUCCUCUUGAUGAUGUCAAUGUUUUAUAACCUGUUGCUUUUAAUAGAACUGUACUCAGAGUAGUGUCUAUGUGUUGUACUUUUGAGUGUUUUCCAAACUGUAAGGUACACUUCUUAAAGGGGAUUGCCACUCAAAACUGAAAAAUACAUGUUAGCAUAAAAUGGAAUUAUGAAAAUAUAUAUAUAUAUAUUUAAUAUAUAUAUAUAAGAGAAAUAUUUCUUGAUGAUUUUGAUGAUCCCAUGGUUCAAAUUGAGUGGUACUCCUCUUUAAGUUCAGCAUUAAUGUAAAGUCUAUCUGAGGACUUUGUGUCCACAUGAUGUGGAACCAUUUUAAUACUACACGAAAAGAGAUGUCACUCCUGUAUUUCUCAGUCCCCAGGUGGUCGUGUAGCCAAAAACAAACGAUUAGCCUUAAAUUGAGAAUAGCCAAAAUCAGGCAUUUCCCCUGUGCAUUAAAAAGGGAAAGCAUGUUUAACAGCAUUUUAAAGCAUCACAGGCAGUCAGUGAAGCCCUUUAUAUUCAGAUGAUUCUAUGAUGUCACCCAUAUGCCACACUGUUAAUAGCCAUACUAUAAAAAGAAAACAAAACUGUCCUGAUGUUUUGUGUGACCUGGGCCUGUAUUUCCUGUAAGCCUUUUAGAGAAGAAGAGCUGAUCAACAUCCACCCAGUCAUCAAUCUGAAGCUUAACUCAGAUCAAAUCUCCCACUCCCAACAAACACCCGCUGGCCCAAAUUGCAAACUUGCAUAUGUUAGUGGUCCAAGUGUCGAUGUUUUUUUUUUUUUUGUUGGUAGAUAGACCUCCAACAACAAGCAGCUAUUCCUUGCAGGGAUGUCAAAAAAAGCCUAUAGAGUAAAUAUAAAAGAAUGUUCCAAUAUUUUGGGCACAUAAUUAUAAAGCUGCUCUCUACUAUAUCACUUUAUCUAUGCAAGUUUGUACAUUACCAUUCUGAAAAGGCCAUCCAUGGACAUAAUCAUCAUAACAUUGUAUCAUAUGGUCACAAACAGCCAUAUGUCAUGGGUAGGUUUGAACAGUGCAAGCUGCAGAAUGUCACCAUAUUUGUGCAUAUCGUGGUUUUUAUUUGAACAGGGAAUUAUUCAAAAAACUAUCCAUUUAUUUUCAUCAUUUAAGUUGCUUUUAUCUAUUAAUUAUGAAGCUUUAAUGUUUGUGAGCUAGAAAGCCAGGACAGCAUUUGGUCAUUUUUCUUAAUUUGUCUGGGGAAUCUCAUCUUGUUAGUCUAGAAAAAAAAAAAAAAAAAAGAUUUCAGUAUGGUUACCGAUGUUAGGUCUGUCAAAUCAUUUGUGUUACCAUUUAUAGCCAUUCUUUUAAAUAAGCCAUGUAUUACUGCUUGCUUUCCCCUACCUACUGGUGUAAUCUACCAGUGUUAAUGUAGCAUUUCAUGAAAAGUGUGGCUACACUUACCAAAAAAAGGUCUUCAACAGUUAAUAACAGUAGCUAAUCCAAACAGUAGCUAACAAUGUGCUACUCAGUCCUGUCCUCAUAAAUUCUAUUCAGCAUGAUGAUCCUAAUUAUUAGUAGCCUUAAAUUUAGAGUAUCUCACUGUAGCCUUUGUUGCUUUCACUGACCUCAUCUCCUGUGUGAGCAUGAUAAUUUGAUAUCAAAGUCACUCCACUUUCUACCUUUUGAAGUUUGGUGCUUUCCCCCCAAAAAAAAGUUAUAUUCCACAAGCUUUUGUUGUUUUUAUGACAAUCGUGCCAAGCAGAUUUCCUGAAAGGGAUAAGGAAACGGAGCUGUCCGCUGUAUGUGCAUUUUGACCAUGUAUUUGUAAUGUAUUAACAGUUUUUACAGGGUGGAAAAUAUUUUAAUGCUUCUUUAUGUCAACGCUGCAUUGUAUAUGGGUUGCUUUGUUUUACCUCUUGAUAUGAUCUGUGAUGUGUGUGUGUGUUUGGGGAGGAGUUCAGCAGCUGAAAUCAGUAGAAAAGUCAACAUAUAUGAGAGAUUGCAACUGUACGUUUUUUUCACAAUUUAAUGAAUCAGGGCUCUGAUAUCACCAGGAUUAAAAAAACAAAGAAAUGAAUUUCCAAUAGCGCAAAAUUCAUUUAAACUCAAAAAUAUCCUGAGCUGGCACAAAUUAAGUCGAACAAAAUCGUGGCCACUUCCAAUUUUUUUUUUUUUCCUCUUUUUCUUUCCUUAUGUUUGCUGGCAACACUGCACAGGUAGAUACCGUAAUAUGCAACAAACAUAAAAGGGCCAAACAGCAAACAUUACAAUCACUGCAGUGUCGCAUUGCAUAAUCGUUGUCUGCCUAUGAAACCACUACAGCAGGUGAAACAUCAGCACAGGUGUUGGAAUAGGCCAGUUUGUCUGCGUAAAGGGCUUGCUUCUAAGACUUAGCAAGUGAACGCGGAGCAAGGUGACGCUUAUUUUACAAAGGCUCAAGAUCUACUUUGCAACUAUCCUAAGAUCAAGUUUGGAUAUGAGCAGCAAUCUAUAUUUUACUACCUGUUGUGUCAAGAGAUGAAGCUGCAUGAUUUUUCUCUGACUUCUACAUGUUAAAUAUUACAAUAUUGUAGCCUCUAAAGAUCUAUGGAAUGGUAGCGUUGUCACUCUAUCACCCAGCUGUCUGGUUUUUAUUUUCCCUUCCUUUUUUAAGACAAAAUGUUUGAUGUUCAGCCAUAUGAUAUACAAUGUUAGUUAGCCUUCCUCAGUUCAGCAGGUUGGAUUCAUGUGUCUAUUACUUUUUUGGGGGUUUUUUUUUGGUUUUUUUUACAUAUACGCCUGUGUUACACAUCAUAGUCAUAGUGUUUGCAUUAUGUGUUUUGAGUGGGGAUUUCUUCAGGCCUGAUUGGUCAGUUAAAUUUCAAUUAGUCACCUCAAUAAGUGGAUUAUUGUCAGAGGAAAUGCUGUCUGUACACAAGACUUCUGAAUCUAGAUGAUAAACAAUGUUUCUACUUUAGGCAGGAAUUGAAAGUCAAUUGGCCUGGAUGAUUAAAAAAAAAUCAACAUUGUAAAAUGGCAUAUUUGAAUCAGUUCUGUUCAACUCAGCAUCGCAGUAUAUCUAGAGUUCCACUAACACUGUGACACCAGGUAUUAAAGAUCGUUGUUUUUGUGA